GUGCCCGGAGCUCCCCAGCGCUUAUUCAUCAGAGCGAUAGAUCCUUGUGUGUUGCUGUAUGAGCUGAAUGUUGGCGAUGUGCGCAGAGAGGAAACCACCGCACGCAACGCUAAGAAUGACACUUCGGUUUAUCGCCUCGCAUCUUCCAUUGACAGGACAGCCGGGAGACAAUCAACUGAUAACAUGGCGAGAAAUAACCAUCGACAUUAAGGCCACCUCAUGCACUGUGUGUUUGUUCCUGCCAGCCCCUCUGUGGUUGAUGGUGAUGCCCGAGUCCAACCCAGCAAUGCAGAGGACGAGAACCUGGUGGUGGCAGGGACGACUGGGGGUUCCUCUGCUGUUUCUGGUUUUCCCGCUACUCAGGACCGAACCACUCCAGCUCGAGCUGCCUUUCAAUGGACUUUCGGAACCCCAGAAUGUGACACUGGCUGCUAUUCUGCCUUUGAGCAACACUGAAUACCCGUGGGCCUGGCCUCGCGUGGGACCCGCUCUGAUGAGGGCUCUGGAGCGAGUCAAUGACGACCCCACCCUGCUACCGGGCCACCGCCUUCGAAUAGUCUACGACAGCAGCGAAAACAAAGACGGCGUCUGCUCCGACUCAGUGGCGCCAUUGGUGGCCGUGGACUUUAAGUUCUCCUACGACCCAUGGGCCUUCAUCGGCCCUGGCUGUGACUAUGCUUCGUCUCCCGUGGGCCGCUUCACUACCCACUGGGACGUUCCCAUGGUGACGGCCGGGGCAGCGGCCAUCGGCUUCCACUUGUACACGUCCAUCACCAACACGGGCCCCACGCACAAGAAGCUGGGCGAGUUUGGGGUGCGCCUGCAUCGGCAUUUUGGCUGGCACAGACACGCCAUGCUCAUGUUCAGCGACAACAAGAAAGACGACCGGCCGUACUACUUUACGGCCGAGGGGUUGUACACGCAGCUGCAGCUGGACAACAUCACCACAGCAGACAAGGUCUUCAAUGAGCAGAAUGGACCGGUCCAGUAUGAUAACCUCAUCAGUGUCAUCAGCCAGAGUGCCCGAGUGGUGUACAUGUGCUGCUCAUGGGACACUUUCCGGAUGCUGAUGGUACAGUUUUGGAGGGAGGGCUUGCCCCCGGAGGACUAUGCUUUCUUCUUCAUCGACCUGUUCGGCCACAGCCUGAGGAAGCGACCCGCUAGGCCCUGGUACAGAGGAGACGCAGACGACCAUGCCGCUAAGAAGGCCUUCAGGAGUGUGAAGAUCCUGACCUACAAAGAGCCACAGAACCCAGAGUACCUGGAGUUUGUGUCCAACCUGAAGACGGACGCAUUGAACAUGUUCAACUUCACCGUAGAAGACUCGCUGACGAACCUGAUAGCAGGAGGCUUCUAUGACGGGGUAAUGCUUUACUCUCAGGCCCUGAACGAGACCAUGGCCGAGGGAGGGGGCCGGCCGCGAGGGGACAUCGUCACCAAGAGGAUGUGGAACCGCACGUACCAUGGUGUUACUGGCUUAGUUCAAAUUGAUGGAGAAGGCGAUCGGGAGAUUGACUUUGCCUUGUGGGACAUGACCGAUCUUGACUCUGGGGUCUUUCAGAUCGUAUCCGUCUACAACAGCACCCUGAAGGAGUUGGUUCCAGUGCCGGGCAUGAAGGUCCAGUGGCCGGGGGGCGCCCCGCCCCAAGACAUCCCCGACUGUGGCUUCAAGAAUGACAAGCCCGCUUGCUUAGCACGGACUGUCACUAUGCACCAGAUGGUGGCCAUCGUUGUGUGCUUCAUCUUCAUCAUCAUCGCCACCGUCACCGUCUUCAUCUACAGGAAACUGAAGUUGGAGAAUGAGUUGGCUGCUCAGCUCUGGCGGGUGCAGUGGGAAGACGUGCAGAUGAGCGACCUGGAGAAAGUGAUGCGCAGGGCCUGCAGCAGACUCACCCUGUCUCUGAGAGGCUCCAACUAUGGUUCCCUCCUGACCAUGGACGGAAACUUCCAGAUCUACGCCAAGACUGGCUACUACAAGGGAAACAUUGCGGCCAUUAAGUACGUCACUAACAAGAAGCGCAUCGAGCUCACCAGGAUGGUGCUCUUUGAGCUUAAACAUAUCCGUGAUGUUCAAAACGAGCACCUGACUCGCUUUAUUGGAGCCUGUAUUGAUCCUCCCAACAUCUGUAUCAUCACAGAGUACUGCCCCCGGGGCAGCCUGCAGGAUCUUAUGGAGAGCGAGACCAUCACCUUGGACUGGAUGUUCAGAUACUCUCUCAUCAACGACAUUGUUAAGGGGAUGGCCUUCCUUCACAACAGCGUCAUCGUCUCCCAUGGUAACCUGAAGUCCUCUAACUGUGUGGUUGACAGUCGCUUUGUUCUGAAGAUUACUGACUACGGGCUGGCCAGCUUCCGCGAAAAGUCCAAUAUGCAGGACACACACGCCUACUAUGCCCGGAAAUUGUGGGCAGCUCCAGAGCUGCUGAGGGCAGAGUGUCCCCCACCAUGUGGCACUCAGAAAGGGGACAUCUACAGCUUCGGCAUCAUCCUGCAGGAGCUGGCCCUGCUCCGAGGGGUCUUCCACAUCGAGGGGGACACCUUCAGCCCCAAAGAGAUCGUAGAGCGCGUGGCCCUGGGCCAGUGGCCCUACCUGCGACCCUCCCUCUGCCCCCAGAGCCACAGUGAAGAGGUGGGCCAGCUCAUGCAGCGCUGCUGGAGCGAGGACGUGAACGAGAGGCCCGAGUUCCACCACAUCAAGCUGCUGCUGCGCAAACACAACAGAGGUUAUGGGUCUAAUAUCCUGGACAACCUGUUGUCUCGUAUGGAGCAGUACGCCAAUAACCUGGAAGAACUGGUGGAGGAAAGGACACAGGCUUACCAUGAAGAGAAACGCAAGGCCGAGGCACUGCUCUACCAGAUACUUCCACACUCUGUAGCGGAGCAGUUGAAGAGAGGGGAGACGGUGCAGGCUGAGGCCUUUGACUCAGUCACCAUCUACUUCAGUGACAUCGUGGGCUUCACCGCCAUCUCAGCAGAGAGCACGCCCAUGCAGGUGGUGACCCUGUUGAAUGACCUCUACACGUGUUUCGAUGCCAUCAUCGACAACUUCGACGUUUACAAGGUGGAAACGAUAGGUGAUGCGUACAUGGUGGUGUCUGGGCUGCCGGUGAGGAACGGCAAGCUGCACGGCCGAGAGAUCGCCCGUAUGUCCCUGGCCCUGCUGGAGGCCGUACACUCCUUCAGGAUCCGCCACCGACCUGCUCAGCAGCUCCGUCUGCGCAGUGGCAUCCACAGUGGCCCUGUAUGUGCUGGCGUCGUAGGACUGAAGAUGCCUCGGUUCUGUUUGUUUGGAGACACAGUCAACACAGCCUCUCGCAUGGAGUCCAAUGGGGAGGCCCUGAAGAUCCACGUGUCGGAGGCCACGCGCUCGGUGCUGGACGACUUCAACUGUUUCCAGCUGGAGCUGAGAGGAGACGUGGAGAUGAAGGGCAAAGGGAGGAUGAAGACCUACUGGCUACUGGGGGAGAGCAUCAACAACAUGGCUUAGUAGAGAGAGAGAGAGAGAGAGAAUUAGACAUAGACAGUAUUGGAAAGAUGCCGUAGAAAAGAGAGGUAAAGGCAAGGGAGGACUGAGGUAAAAGGAACAGACAUGCAUACAAAUACACAUAGGAAUGGGGUGAAAUAGAAAUAAGCCACAAACAAAUACUCCUGACAACCCCCUCCAGAAUGAUAGUCUCAUCGACUCGGUCUCACUGCUCUUCAAGGGCAUUCCUUGGCUCCUUUAGGUGGAAACGCUCUCUCUAGAUUGACCUACUAUGAUGCAUAAGCUAUCAACGUUGACCUUCCAUGGACAGCUUUAGACUUGUACCUCUCCAACCAAAGGAAAGCCAUCACUGUUACACCGCCGUGUGCCGAAUGGUGAGGCCCCACCUCCUCCGAUUGGCAAGGACGAUGGGCAUUUGCGAACAUCUCCACCCAGUGUUCAAGAGUUGUAACUGUCGCUUUCAAGAACGAACAUUUUGGGACAAUCUUGUUGGACCUGUUGUUUAUCGUGACGAGAGUCGUCCAAUGUGUUAUUUUGUGGUUAUUUCACUUUGUGACUGACUUGGUGUUCUCUAACAUGUAGAGGUGUUAUGUGAAGCCUUCACAGGCUUUAUUCUAUUUGUUUCACGGUGGUGUUUGUUCUGUGUCACAAUAUCAAUUUGUUCUAUAUCUAUAUAAUUGAACAUUAAUCAAGUGGAGACCAGAGGGGUAUACUACGAAUGUAGCUAGAUGUACUCAGGCUUUUCUGAAAUUACCUAACUUCAUGAACUGUGCGUUCAUGUCGCACAGGGCUAGUCGAACUCCGAACUCUUCAUUGAGACAAUGCUGAAACAUCAAUCCGUGGGCGAGUCAGUGCCACAUUUACAUUUUUGCCAAAAUCAAUUUACCUGCAAAUUCAGCAGGCUAUGGUGUGAAAUGGGCAACUAGAUGUUUUUUAUAUUUUUUACACAUAUUGUGUUUGUUUGUUUGUUGUGCUUAUCAAUGCACAAGUCCCAUGAUUCCCCACUCCUAACUAUACAAAAAUAGUAUUAAGUCAUACGAAAGUUUUACUGCACGUGAAGUUUCAAAUGCGUUAUUACUAUUACUACUUUUAACAGAAGAAUUUGAUGGGUCCUUCGGCUCAAACACUUCAUUUCUCAGAAGUGGGACAAGCCCCGAGUUUCAAAUGUGCUACUUCUGAAGGAUUCGUUGCCAUAGAUAUGUUACAGGCUCGAGCCAUAUUCGUGUCACCACUUAUCCCGAGUUGACCAAAGUUACCUCAACUCCUCAAACCUGAUUCAUAGUGUAAGGCUCAGUUACCCAUAAUAAUACCAGUCCACAAAGUGUGCUCUACAGCCUGCUUGGCUUUGUGCUUUAGGAGGAAGUAGUGGAGGUAAUUACCACCAUGCCAAUGCGGGCUAUCUUAUUGACAUUGGUGAAAUGUCUCAAAUGGACACUUAUGGCUGUUAAGUUGUGAAUUAGCAUUCAACAGGACAUAUGUAUUCAACAGGACUGUUCAAAAUCUUUUUGGUCAUAAAAAACAAUUCAUUGCUUUAGUCUGCGAUGACAAGGAAGAAUGGAGAGUUAGAUUUGGCCAUAAAUGACGACUUCUGGGUGAAUUAAUAUUGUCGCAACCUGUUCUCAGAGCAUUUCGAUUUAUACUAUACGUAAAUCCAAGUCACUCCAUUUAGUAUGAUAUGUUACAUAAGACAGAUGGUCACUUAUAACCAGCUAGCCCUCUCACAUUAAGUUCUUAUAUUCCAGACUCAUUUUGAGUUUCAUAUUUUCUAAUGAUCCUUUUUCCUUUACUUACAAGAUGAUGUCAAAAUACCUUAUAUUUCACCCACAAGGGUACAAAAGAAUGAGGAUGUCUAGCUCUUCACUUCUGUUACUGAGGGGAAAAGUGAAUAUUUUCAGAAUGGGAGUCCUACUAAAUGACAUACACAGUACAUUGAAAAAUAUAUACACUGAACAAAAAAAUAAACGCAACAUGUAUA